AUGGCACCCUCCCUGCCKGCCACCAUCAACAUCCGGGAGCCCCGCUGGGACCAGAGCACCUUCCAGGGCCGGGCCAGGCACUUCUUCACGGUGACGGACCCGCGCAACCUGCUGCUGUCCGGGGCGGCGCUGGAGGAGGCCCGGCGCGUCGUGGAGAGCUACCGGGCGGGCACGGUGCCCCCCGGGCUCACGGAGGACCAGCUCUGGCGGGCCAARUACAUCUACGACUCGGCUUUCCACCCCGACACGGGCGAGAAGAUGCUGCUCAUCGGGCGCAUGUCGGCCCAGGUGCCCAUGAACAUGACCAUCACUGGCUGCAUGCUGACCUUCUACAGGACCACGCCRGCUGUGCUCUUCUGGCAGUGGGUGAACCAGUCCUUCAACGCCAUCGUCAACUACACCAACCGUAGCGGGGAUGCACCCAUCACCCCCAGCCAGCUGGGAACCGCCUAUGUGAGUGCCACCACGGGCGCCGUUGUCACCGCCUUGGGGCUCAAAUCUCUCACCAAGCACUUGCCGGCCAUCAUUGGCCGCUACGUGCCCUUCGCCGCCGUAGCUGCCGCCAACUGCAUCAACAUCCCGCUGAUGAGGCAGAGGGAGCUGAAGCUGGGCAUCCCCGUCACGGACGAGAACGGCAACCGCCUGGGCGAGUCGGCAGCGGCGGCGCGCAAGGCCAUCUUCCAGGUGGUGGUGUCGCGCAUCGGCAUGGCAGCGCCGGCCAUGGCCAUCCCRCCGGUGAUCAUGAACGCGCUGGAGAAGAGGGCGUUCCUCAAGCGCUACCCCUACCUCAACGCGCCGCUGCAGGUCGGCCUUGUGGGACUCUGCCUGGUGUUCGCCACGCCGCUGUGCUGCGCGCUCUUCCCGCAGAAAAGCUCCAUGCACGUGAGCCGCCUGGAGCCGUCCCUGCAAGCCCGGAUCCGGGAGGAAGCUGCCGGUGUGGAGCUCGUCUACUUCAACAAGGGGCUCUGAAGCAGUGCCCGCUGCCCUUGGCCCCGAGGAUGCCCUCCGGAGCCGCCGCUGCUUCCCCUUGGCUCUCGUGUGUCCAUAGGUCCCAGCGCCUGGUGUGUAGGUAGUGACGCAGACCCCUGUGCUGGUCCUUCCCGAACAAACCCGGGCAGCUCCUUGGAGCGGGAUGCGGGGAUCCUCCUUGCUCUGCACCCCUGGGUGCUUCCUGGGAGCUCUUAGCUGCUCCAUCCCACGGCGCAGGCUGGCGAGGGGCCGGUGCAGCCAGGGAUGGAGAUGCCGUUGGGCGAGGAGGUGCCACCACGAACGCACUGAGUUUCCAAGGUCAGUGCAGGGUUGCUGGGAAAGCAGGAAGCAGCAGGGAUCGAUGCAGCGCCAUGGCUGGCGCUCCAGGUUUGAACCCAGUGUCCACCGAGCCKCAGGGCUGGACUCGCCGGUGCCCCACAGCCUGGCUGCUGCUCCGUAGGGAUGGAGAGAAACUCCACAGGAACAAAACAUCUUCCUCUUCCUCCAAAGAAAAGCCAGGGUGAUGUUGGAUGCACCCAGCAACCUCUCUCCUACCCCGGGUGCAUGGUUGCAGCUGCCCCGGCCUCUCCUC